CAGUACUAUGGUUUUGUCAGUCUUGGUACUCCACAACAAAAUUUCAAGGUUAUUUUCGAUACUGGUUCUUCCAACGUUUGGGUUCCAUCUGAAAGUUGUUGGUCUAUCACUUGUUUGUUGCACAACAGAUACGAUCACACCAAGUCCUCAACUUAUGUUGCCAAUGGUCAAAAGUUCAACAUUACCUAUGGUAGUGGUGGUGUUAACGGAUUCUUAUCUCAAGAUGCUCUCUCUUGUGGUGGUAUUCCAGUUAAGGGACAAGUUUUCGGUGAAGUUAUGAGUGAACAAGGAUUGGCUUUCUUGUUCGGUAAGUCUGACGGUAUUGUUGGUAUGGCUUUCCCAUCUAUUUCUGUUGAUGGUGUUACUCCAAUGUUCAACAAUAUGAUGAAUCAAAAGUUGGUUGACAAGAAUUUGUUCUCAUUCUACUUGUCAAAGACUUCUGGUAGUACUGCAAGUGCUAUGAUUUUGGGUGGUAUUGAUACUAAGUAUUAUACUGGUCCAUUGACCUAUGUUCCAUUGGCCAAUAGAACUUAUUGGGCUAUUAGAAUCAACGAUGUUGGUGUUGGUGGUGACUACAAGGGUGUCUGUCCUCCAGGUGGUUGUCUUGCUGCUGUUGAUACUGGUACUUCCCUCAUUGCUGGUCCAGCUUUGAAGAUUGGUCCUAUUAUUGAAUCUUUGAACAUUGCUAAGGAUUGUUCCAACAUUGAUUCUAAUCCUGAUGUUACUUUCAAGAUUGGUGGUGUUGAAUAUACUUUGAAGCCAAGAGACUAUGUCUUGAAGAUGACUCAAUUCGGUCAAUCUGAAUGUAUUGCCGGAUUCAUGCCAUUGGCUUUGCCACCUCAAUUUGGUGACUUCUGGAUUCUUGGUGACGUUUUCAUUUCCACUUAUUACACUGUUUUUGACUAUGAUGGAAGCCGUGUUGGUUUCGCCAAGGCCAAUCAAAACUUGUAA